AUGCAAAAGUCAGUGUCGAGGUCUGACACUGCACAAGUGGCAGAUCAAGCAAAUGACGUCAAAACUGUGGAUCAAAACCUAAAGGAAGAGCUCGAUCGUCAACUGCAGCAGCAGCGACAAGCACUUCAGGAGGAGAUUGCUGGUUUAUCUCGAGAGAUUGACGAGCGUCGCACCGAGAAAGCCCGACUUGAAUCGGAGAUCGAACAACUGCGACUCCACCUCGAGCUCUCAGAAGCGGACAGCGAGCUACACCCACACAGUGAAGCGAAAUCUCGCAGUGAGAUUGAAACGAGCGGUGACAUCGAGGAUGAAGUUAAACCAAACUCUGAAGCAAAAGAUCCUGAUGAUCACCAGGAACAGAACGAUGACUACGGCGAAGAGGAGUUUGAAGUUGCUGCUACAGCUGAAGCAAAGGACGAUGAAGAUGAAUCAGCGGACCAGAGUCUUGAAGAGGAUGACAAGGAGGAACCAGAAGAGGACGAAAGCCCCGACGUCAAAGAGGACGCCGCACGGUCCCUUCAUCUCGUCCAGUUGAUCAGCGACGCCGUCGCACGGGGCAAAGCGCAGUUCAAUCGUGGUGACAAAGCCAAAUGCUACCAAACGUACGCGAAAUGCGCCGAAAAAUGCAUCGCAGAGCUGCAGGCGCUUCACGACAAGCAGCGACGGCAAGAGAGUUCCCUCCUAAAGCGUGUCUUGGCCGAGUCUGCUCGUCUUCCACCUGCGCGUGGUCCGCAAACACUUCGCAAGCAGCUCGAUGCAGUCCGUGAUAGCUGUGAGCAGUGGCUGGGAGCUCGAGAAGAGCAGGCAGCAGCUCGACUGGCUGAGCGUAAGGCUCGAAAGGAGGCAAAGGCAGCAGCCGCCGCAAUGAAAAGACGGCAAAUGCUCGAGAAGAAGCAGAAGAAGGCCGAACAGCGCGAUGAAGACAAGAAAGCUCACAAGAAGAAGAGCUCUCCACCUCAAAAUUCGGCCCCGGUAUCAACUGCAGGAGGGGGUAAAGCUUUGGAAGACGCCAAGCAAAAGCUCCGAGCACUUGAGGCGAAAGCCAAAGCUGACCGCGUCAAAAUCUCCCAGCUUGAAGCUGCCCUCGCCAAAGCGGAGACGCAGCUAGCCAACGACCGCCGUGUAGCGGACAUGGAGAAGAAGCACAAGAAGACAUUCGAAGACAACGAAAAGGCCGCCAAGAAGGAGAUCACCGCGCUCACUCAACAGCUUCAAGCUGCUCAGAAGACCUCGCAGGAGCUGCAAGAGCAGACUGCAGCUCUGCAGAAGGAGCUCGGCGUCGCUGGUGGCAAGGCCAAGCAGCUCGGACAACUCGAGACGGAAGUGACUCAACUGCGCGAGCAAGCAGCACUGGUAGCACCACUUAAUAACGAACUCCGCGAAGCCAAAGCGCAGUACGCGACGCUGGAGACGAGCUACCGCGAGGAGCAGGCACUGCGCAAGAAGUACUACAACCAGAUCGAAGACAUGAAAGGCAAAAUCCGCGUGUACGCUCGCUGUCGCCCCAUGAGCGGCUCGGAGAACGAACGAGGCUGCGCUCCGUGCGUCAAGUUCAUCGACGAGUUCUCGCUCGAGGUGAGCGGCGGCAACCGAGCCGCGAAGACUUUCGCCUACGAUCAGGUCUUCUCACCGGCCAGCACGCAGGUCCAGGUGUUCGAGGACACGAAAAACCUCCUCCAGAGCGCUGUGGACGGCUACAACGUCUGCAUCUUCGCGUACGGCCAGACCGGAUCAGGUAAAACCUUCACAAUGACGGGUAGUGAGGGCGACCCGGGACUCAGCCCUCGAGCUAUUCACCAUCUCUUCGCGCUGGCCGAAGAGGGGAAGGCCAACUUCACUGUGAGCUUCCAGGCCACGAUGCUGGAGCUCUACAACGACUCGCUCAUCGACUUGUUCCACCUCAUGGAGGGCGGCGGAGCGCACGACAUCAAGCUGGAGAUCAAGAAGAACGACAAGGGCAUGGUCGUCGUCCAGAACGCCACGCUCAAGAAGUGCACGUCGCCCGAGCAGACCUUGAGGCUCUUCGAGGCCGCCAACAAGAAGCGGCAGGUCGGCGCCACCAAGAUGAACGCCGAGAGCAGCCGCAGCCACUCCAUUUUCUCGCUGCUCGUCGAGAGCUACAACAAAACCACCAAGGCCACGACCAUCGGCAAGCUCAGUCUUGUCGAUCUUGCUGGUUCGGAGCGUGCAGGCAAAACAGGAGCCACGGCUGAACGUCUGAAGGAGGCUCAAGCCAUCAACAAGAGCCUCAGCGCUCUGGGCGACGUCAUCUCGGCGCUGUCAACAAACGAGAAGUUCAUCCCGUACCGCAACAACAAGUUGACGCAGCUGAUGCAGGACUCCCUCGGCGGCAAUGCCAAAACGCUCAUGUUUGUCAACAUCUCUCCGGCCGACUACAACCAGGAAGAGACCGUCACCUCACUCACGUACGCGUCGCGCGUCAAGCUCAUCACCAACAACGCCAACAAGAACUCCGAGAGCGAGCAGAUGAACCGCCUCAAGGCCAUCAUCAAGCAGCUCCGCGCUGGCAAGACCGACGUCGACCUGGAAGGCGUCCUCGACUGA